AUGAGUGACGCGUGGUAUAGUAAAACCAAUGAAACAAUUAUUCCGGGUAAUCCCGAUCGUAUCAGAGCUUGGUGGGAUCCAUUACAAUAUUUGAAUGUUGCCAAAUACCUUAAAGUAUUUAAUGAAUAUCCACGUGAUUUUAAUCCACGUGUACAUGGUCCUUAUUGUCCAUGGCGUUAUUAUGGAAAACGCGAUCUUCAUUUGGCUGAUGUGAAGAUAGCUGAUGUUCCAGCAUGGAUUGCACGACGAGAUAAAACUCCAAUGGGUGUAUAUCAAGCUAGUGUUCGAACUUUUUGGAAAUUUUAUCGUGCUUAUUUGGAUAAUAAAAAACCAAAUCUUAUUUGGUAUACACAAAUUUUUGCUGUCGCAUCACUUAUUAAUUUUAUCUUCUUUGCUAUGCCUGAUAGAAAACAGUACAAAUGGGCUAAAUAUCAUUAA